AUGGCUUCCGUUACCGCGGAGGCCACCUGUGCUUUGAUAUCAACCGCUGCAGGCCGCGCGGAAAAAUCAUCUGCCAGUGACUUAUCCAAACGGCUUGUUACCUUAGUCAUUGUAGCUUCGAUGGCCGUCGCCACGCUUUUCCCAUUGUCUAAGGGGCGUGACUUGGCCUCAAUAAGUUUCUCCAGGCGCUCCAGUCGACCCACUAUCAUCAAAUUCCUGAACAACUUGUACUACCUUAGCCGAAUCACACUGGGGGCGGGAGUCCAAUGCCAUCAGUAUAGACUCAUUGGCGCUACUAAGGGAAACGGCAAGAAGCUCCUCAAAGCCAGUCUUGUUCUGCACCGCUCCGUCGCGAUUAACCCUGUAUCCGCGCCACCUGUACCGUUGUUGGGCUCGGUAGCUUGA